AGAGAGAGAUAGAGUGAGUUUGUGUGUGUGUGUGUGUGUGUGCAUUUGUGUGCGAAUGUGCAUGCUCGUGUGUGUAUAUGAAUGAAUUUGUGUGUGUGUGUGUGUGUCUCUGUGACUGUGUGUGUGUGUCUGAGUGUCUCUGUGAGAGUGUGUGUGUGUGUCUGUUUGUCUCUGUGAGUGUGUGUGUGUGUGUGUAUGCGAUUGAGCGUGUGUGCGUGUGUGUGUGUGAGAGAGAGAGAGAGAGAGAGAUACACACAGAAUACCCAUUAGCCUGUGUUAUUAUAUUUCCUUCAGUUUUCUGUUUCUGGUUGGUCUACAGAAGCUAAUGUUGUGUAAUCAAGCUCAUGAUCAAUUAACGCAAGUCAGGGAGGGGCCGAUGGGGGAUGAGAGAAGGCUGCCGCAAGAAACUGAGGUACCCUACUGAAAGACUGUGUGUGUGUGUGUGUGUGUGUGUCUCUGUGAGUGUGUGUAUGUGUCUGUGCGUUUUUCUGUGUGUGUGUGUGUGUGUGACUGUGUGUGUAUCUGUGCGUGUGUCUCUGUGUGUGUCUGUCUCAGUGAGUGUGUGUAUAUGUGACUGUGUGUGUCUUUGUGUGUGUGUGUGUGUGUGUGUGUGUGUCUGUGUGUCUCUGUGUGUGUGUGAGUGCAUCUGUCUGUGUGUGUCUGUGCAUGAGUGUGUGUGUCUAUGAGUCUGUGUCUCUGUGAGUGUGAGUGUGUGUGUGUGUGUCUGUGUGUGACUGAGAGAGAGAGACAGAGAGAGAGAGAGCGCGAAUGAGUAAGAGAGAGAUGCACUGAGAGGGACAGAGAAACAGAGAGAGGAAAAGAAAGAGAGAGAGAGAGAGAGAGAGAGAGAAACAGACAGAGAUCGUGUGAGUGGUAGGUACCUUGGAUUAACGUGCUGCGAGAUGUAUUGCAAACAAUGUGACAGGGACAAAGGGGAGCCUGUUUAAAGCAGGUUUGCUCUCCCUCCUCCACCCCCCUACCAUGCCCAUUCUAAACAAUUUCAGCACAAAAGGAGGAGAGUUCCUUCGGUCUCCGAUCCCAUUCUUCCUCUCCAGCCCUGAUCAGAAUGCCACUCCGUCAGCAUCUUCCACCUGGAUCAGAAGAUGAGGUCCCGUGUCCCUAGCGACGUGCCGGCACUGCGUCCCCCAAAUCCAGGAACAUUUUUCUUUGCCAUCUGAUUACUGGGGUUUGUCAGUGAAGUGAAAGCAUGGCUAUUGGUUAAAUGCGUGAUCCCACCUUGGAACCUCUAAAUCAAGGUUCGAGAAGAACUCCAUCAUCCUGAGGCGGGGAGAAACCUUCACAAACGUUCAAAGUGACCGACGCCUGAAAAAUGAGUGACACAUAUGUGCGGACCACUCAACGGAUUGCCGACUGAAAGACAGGGGGAAGGCACUGACAGUUGGCGGCUCGUCCCCCUUACAUGACCGACCGCGAGCCCUAGCCGGCGAAAGGCAGCGACCCGACGAGGAGGAGCCGGGAUGUCGGCGGCGGCGAACAACGGGACGGACGACGGCCCGUUCGCCACGGGGCAGCCCCUCAACUCCACCCUGGACUACGAGGACUUCGAGCAGGAGCACGACGCCAGCAAGAUCGUCAUCCCCUCCAUCUACGCCCUGGUGUGCUGCGUGGGCCUGACGGGCAACGCCAUGGUGAUCUACGUCAUCCUGAAGUACGCCAAGAUGAAGACGGCCACCAACAUCUACAUCCUGAACCUGGCCAUCGCCGACGAGCUCUUCAUGCUGAGCGUGCCCUUCUUGGCCACCUCGGCCGCGGUCCGCCACUGGCCCUUCGGCUCGCUCAUGUGCCGGCUGGUGCUGAGCGUGGACGGCAUCAACAUGUUCACCAGCAUCUUCUGCCUGACGGUGCUGAGCGUGGACCGCUACAUCGCCGUGGUGCACCCCAUCAAGGCCGCCCGCUACCGCCGGCCCACCGUGGCCAAGGUGGUCAACGUGUGCGUGUGGGGGCUCUCGCUGGUGGUCAUCCUGCCCAUCAUCGUCUUCGCCGACACCGUGCCGGCCCAGGACGGCGGCGUGGACUGCAACUUCCUGUGGCCCGAGUCGUCGUGGUCGGCGGCCUUCGUGGUCUACACCUUCCUGCUGGGCUUCCUGCUGCCCGUGGUGGCCAUCUGCCUGUGCUACUGCCUGAUCGUGGCGCGCAUGCGCGCCGUGGGGCUCAAGGCCGGCUGGCUCCAGCGCCGCCGCUCGGAGAAGAAGAUCACCUGCAUGGUGCUGCUGGUGGUGGCGGUCUUCGUGGUCUGCUGGAUGCCCUUCUACAUCGUCCAGCUGGUCAGCGUGUUCCGGCGGCCGCCGGACCCCAUGGUGACGCAGCUCUUCGUCAUCCUCAGCUACGCCAACAGCGGCGCCAACCCCAUCCUGUACGGCUUCGUCUCCGACAACUUCCGCCGCUCCUUCCAGCGCAUCGUCUGCUUCCGCUGGCUGGAGAGCGGCCUGGAGGCGGAGCAGGUGGACUACUGCGCCGUGGCGCUCCGGCGACAGGCCACGUGCGGCCCGCGCGACUUCCCCCGCGACUGCCUGGCCUCGGACGUGGCCUACCGCAACGGCACCUGCACCUCCCGCACCACCACCCUAUGAUCCGGGCCCCAGGUAGACAGAGCACACACCUGCGUAGCGCGACCUUUUCGAACACGCUCGUCUGAUAAUAAGGGACGUCGAGCGUCACGAUGAACCAGGCUUGUUUUUUUGUUUUUUUUCUUCUUCGAAGCGCAAGUCCAACGCUUUUAUGAACAGCUGACCUUAUUUAUUUUGAACUUUGGACAAACCUAGUGUGUUCAUUUGACAUAGACUUCAUUUGAGGCGCAAACCCCUUGAGAGCAUUUUCAGUGAUUUCAGGGUAUAUCAGACUGCCUGAAUGUUGUUUAGAGUGUUGAUGAGUACUACUGGCCUGUCGAUCAGCUUAUUUGUGACCAUGUGCAGUGGUGCAAUCUCAUUCGCUGCAGUGAGGAAGACCUUUUUUGUUUUGCACUUCAUUUUAAACCAAAGCACAGUAUCAAAGCCCCACAACACUGGAUGACAUUUUCCGUUGAGCUCCAGGAGGAACUGACUGACAAACAGAUCAAUGAAACAAUGACAACCAAAUCCCCCCCCCCCCC